CGACGUCAGUUUCGUACCUUAGUCCGCCCACUCUUUGUAUGGAUUAAACGACUGCUUGCGUUUAUACGCGACUUCGUAGUUGAGAUAAACGUUUAUCAGGCGGUCACGUGAUGUUCCCUCUUUUCUUACAUUUGUUUUCUUUUUUUCUUUCUUUUUGACGGAGUCUAACUGGGCUUUAAAGAACAUUACCCCACCGCAGGUUUGUGUAGUUCCCUGGCUAAGUGGGAAGCUGGCGACGUCAGCUUGGAUUCUUGGUAUUCAACCCUGAAUGGAACCUUCCGAGAAUAAAGAUCGUCCGAUGGAGACCGGAGUUUCCGAUGAGCUGCACAAGCCUCACGUGCCAUGGAUCCCCUCAGAUGGAAGUAGCAGCGACUCGAGCGCCGGGGACGACGAAUGGCGGCCGUGUCGCCGCAAGCAGACGCGCAAGGUCAACCCGCUGCGCUCUCAGGCGACGAAGCUGAUCUGGAAGCGGAGGAAGGCAGCUGCCCUGCUGCUGCAGAAGCAGAUGGCGCAGGAGAGUGGCGCCUGGUCGUCCAGUCGGCCGCAGGACUCGGCGUCCACGUCGUCUCUUGCUCAGGCGGCGUCUUUGGUGCCACCUACGCAGUCUGCUCAACGCCCCGCUGCGAGGGCAGUCAGCGGGCCCGGCCCCACCCCUCCUCCUCUUCAGGGGGUCAAGGCGAGCUGGCAGAGGCACCGCGUGGCCAAGCUGUGCCUAGCACACCAGAGGGACAGGCUCUCGAGGGUGCUGCUCUGCAGGGAAGCCAUUCGUUACCCGAUCUGCUGGUCAGAUACCACCCUGGGUUCGUCUUUACCCGGGAAGGGCUCCAAGUCGCCGCUCAAGGCCAAGAAUUCCGGCAAAGCGCCGAGGACUUCGUUGUCCACUUCGCCGAGGAAGGGCAAGGUGCCCCUCGAAGUUCGUCACGCCCAGCCUCUGGUGGACGCGUGGGGCAUGGUCCAAGGGGCGGGGCGAGGAGAGGAGCCCCCUUGCCACAACGGGGAGCUUGCCUGCCGCCCCAAGCUCUUCUCUUCCGCCGAGGACGGAGAGCCUCCUCCGGGGUACGAGAGGUUGCGGGGCCCGGGAAGGGAGCCGGGCGUCCCUUCGAGGCCCAAGCUGAGGCCAACGCUUUUGCGGAGGAAAAACGCCGUCGUAGCCUCGAAGAACACCCAAGUCGGGCAGUACUCGCCGCUGGGACCGUCUCCGCACCGAGGAGCCAAGAUGGACGCCGCCCCGACGAUGGUGGCGACGCGUGCCAUGCCGCGCAUGCUCAGCCGCGGAAACUAUGCCACCCACAGUGAACUUGCGGAACACGGCUCCGGUGUCCCCAUCUCCGUGGCUACGUCUGAGGCUGCGUCGACAGCCUCCUUGGAGGCUACGGCCGAAGCAGAGGCGAAGAUGUGUACCAAGCGCUCGCGAAUGUCGUUGGCGGCCAAGCUGCGCUGGGAGCAGCGUCGAGCGAAAAUGAACUUCGCAGCGACUUCGGCCGAUCGUAGGCAAGAGGCGCCGACGGCCGCACGGCAGGAAAUGUGCUGCGCCGUCGAGAUUAGCGUAGCAAGUCAGAGGCCCAAGGCAGUUGGAGGUCAUUCGAGGUCGUUGGGUGCGUGCAAGCUCCCCGCCAAGCUCCGCUUCAAACGGAGUAACUCUGCGGACUGUGCCAUGCCCGCCAAGCUGCGCCUGAAGCAGGAGCGACUGCUCCAGCAGCUGGAUGGACGCGGCGGAGAUGCCGCAAUGGCAAACGUCGCCCAAGUGGGCGACAGCUCUGCAAGUUUACCGACUGCCCCACGCACGGUCGCGGGGACCCCGAAGCCCGGGACCCCGAAGCCCGGGACCCCAAAGCCUGGGACCCCAAAGCUUGGGACCCCAAAGCCCGGGACCCCGAAGGCAGCGUCGGCAAGCAGCAUUCGACGGUCGGAGGCAAAGCGUCGCUGGUGGCAGCGUCUCAGGCAGCUCACCGCAGGCACCGGCACAAGCCGCGACGUGCCCGGGGAGUGCACGGCCGCAGUGCUGCACUCCUUCCCCAAGUUCCUGCAGGCAGAGUUGUUUGCGGAGGCCAAGCGCCGGUCGGACACUGAGGGCGCCAAAGAGGGAGUGGUGGCAGCGCCCUCUGGCAGCAGCAGCAGCAGCAGCCGGCGCUCUGCCGCCAUGAAGGAGAACUGGCGCAGGCGCAAGCAGACGUGGCUGUCGGCCGCAGCCGAAGCCCUAGCCGCAGCCAACCGGCCAACCAGCCUGGCCGGACAGCCUACCGGGGUGCGCCCGGUGGACCGUCUGGACUGCACUCUUCCGGCGCAGCAGAACGGACAGCGCCUGGCGCAGAGUCUGGCACUGUGGCGGUGUCGCCAGCGCCGCCGCCACGCCGUCUGCGGGCAAGUGUACGCCUCCGAGAGUACUUCGCUCUCAAAAGAGUACCUCAAGGGUUGGAGCCAAAAUGGCGGUGUGGCCCCUUCUCCCUGACUCCACAGUCAGCUAAAGGAUCAGGGGCGGUCGGGGCUCGCGGCACUACACUUCGCGUGGCCUGCACAUUGGGUCGAACAGCGACUCCUGCGACUGCCUGAUGGUGGG